AAACCUAUGAUCUCCCUACUCCCUGCAUCUUCUGUAAAUAAAGUCAUGGGAACACGUAAAUUAUAAAAAAAGAAUAUUUGCAAUGGCUUCUGCUUCAAUAAAGGAGUUUGGCAAGGCUUGGUGGUCCGAGGUCUACAAUCGUAUUAUAGGAGCUGUGGUGUUCUUGGACGAAGCCAGUGCUGAAUGCUUACAUUGGGAUGGUGGACUUUUCAACCUCCUAUCAGGAGGAGCCGUUUCGGUCAAGAGCUUAUCACCUUUUGAGUUUUCUAGGAAAGAACACAAGAAGGCAGUGUUCAUAACGCAAACAACAAGUACACAGCUACGUACUAUUCAUGAGAUAAUACGUAACAGUGACUUUGCACAUUGCAUUUUGAUAUCAACCAUUAGUCUAGAUGUUGUGCUUUUGGAGAUAAAUGAAGGGAAAGAUGUGAGUGAUGUGAUCACUGCUGGGAGAGGGCCUGCCGAGGCCACUAAGCAGUUGGAAGCCAUGUUGAUUGAAUGGAUUGGGAAAAAGCAAUGUGCAGCAGAAAUAGUUCACAUACCUAUCUUCACAAUAACACCAACAAAUGUUGUAUUCCUCACACCUCCAUUUACAAAGGUAUACCCAACUUAUGACGGCAAGCUCAUCCCGGAUUCCACAUCAUUAGACCUAUUUACCUUAACUAGUCAGGAAAGGUCUGAAGUAAGGAGAUUAGCCAGCGGACUGAAUGGCUUGAUGGAUUCAAUGAAUUUAAAAGAGGAUGUGUUUUAUAUGGGUGCCUAUAGCUCAUUAGUUGCUGGUGUACUGCAAAAUUCACCUGUUUGCUUGGCUAGGAGAAAGAACUGCUCAAACCCCGCAUCACUGAUCUUAGUGGAUCGCACACUAGAUCUGUGCGCGAUAACGAGCCACAAUGUUGAGUCAGUCUUGGACAAAGUGAUGGCCGUGUUGCCGCGGUUCCCUGGACAUGCCAACGACGUCGCUGUUGAUAUGUCGGCGCUUUGCGAGGCUAAUGUAAUAUCACACCCUGAAGACAUGCAACUUAGUCCCGGCUGCCUUUACCAUGCAGAUGAAGCGUGCAUCCAGACAUUGGAUUACAUGAUCAAUAAAUCACAGAAGGAAGUCAUGUUCGACCUUUACAACAAACUGUCGAAACUAGAUGUACAGAAGUCACCUGGACCGAAGACUUUGUUGAAAGUCACUCCACAGAGUGUAGAAAAGAUUAUUUCAGCUUCCAAAGGCAACUACGAUGUAAUCGUCAAACACCUGGGCAUCCUGCAGCAGGCAAUAGGCGUAGUUCAAACGUUAAAAUCGCCGAAGCGCGCUCAGUUCGACUUGCUUACAAGCUUAGAGAUACAAGUCCUUCAAAACCUUGCUGCUAGUCGAGACUCUACUAGUGUUCUUCAUCAGAUAAGUCAGCUAAUUAAAUCCCGUAAAGAUCGUAACCUUCCCUUGGAGAACUUACUCGCAAUGAUCGUCCACGUAUAUUCACUUAUUGGUACUGAAGUUUCAUUCUCCAAGAGUCAUGAGGACAGUCUCAUGGAAACAUUAAGUGUUGCCAUUUUCGAGGAUCAUAGGAGUUUGUUUGAGGAAAGCGGAAAGAUGGUCACACCGGAGGAGUGUGAUGAGAUAGCGAAAAAUAUUAUGGCGCGAUUGAAGGAUGUUGCACAGAUGAGGAAGAUUUUGGUGAAAUACAACUCCGUGCUAAAACCGUGUGAGACUGGCGUCGGGCACGAGUACAAAGGGGUUAUACAUCAGCUGGUCGACGAUAUGGUCGACACGGAAAGACCAGAAUUAGUUGAUCUCAGGUACAAAAACGAGGGCAUUAAGGACUUGUUACGAAGUGGUCUAAAUAUACUAACGAGCAAGAAAGCUCGAACCACGAAACAUCCUCUCGACAAUCCCACUGUAAUAAUAUUCGUAAUUGGAGGCAUUACAGCGGAGGAAUCAAAAAGAUUGCACCGCAGCGUCAUUACCAGUGGGGUAGAUAAUACUGUUAUUUUUGGUUCUACCAGGUUCGUCACCCCUGCGGAAGCCAUGAGAGAUGUGCUGGCAUUAUAGCGGCGUUGGAUUAGUAAGAAAUAUAAUUGAUCUUUCGUGUCGUAGCGUUUACGUCCCGUAUUCCAGGGAGAUAAAAUUUCACGUCGUAUAAACAAAAUAGUGGAAAUGUAUCAAGCGGGUUUAGUACCCAACGCACACAACCGUAUACUACAUGCUAAGAUUAUUUAUUAAUUAAUUAUAAAGAAUAUGUCGGCUAAAUUUGAAAACCUCGUACCUAACUCCGUUUUUGGACGACAUCCCCUUUUUUACUCUUCAAGCACAAUAUCGGGCAACUAAAACUUAAAAUUUCUAGACCCUUUUUUAAUUACAAAUAUAAUCAUGGUUUGUCAUAUAAUUAUUUCUAGUACUUCUGUUUUAUGCCUCUUCAAAAGUUCGCAUUAAUGGAGGUUUACGAGGUUUACGAAUUUAGCGGAUGCAUAGUCUUCAUAAAUAUUACUAUUAUUAAACGAAAUGAGACAAAUAAUAUAUACUUAUUUCAAUGAUGUCACUACUAUGUACUUUAUUUGCACUGGCGUUCGCGUCGUGAAGAUUCGAAAAUGAU